GGUGAGGAGAGGUUUUGAGGAGGGCAGCAGCUCGAGAGGCACCGCUCUAGGGUAUGAAAGAUGGCAAGUCUGGAUAGAAGUAAACGGAAGAUAUUAAAAGCCAAAAAAACAAUGCCUACAAGUUGCCGGAAGCAAGUGGAGAUCCUGAAUAAAUCAAAGAAUUUUGAAGCACUGAAAACAACAGGAGUUGGAAGUAAUGUUCCAAGUGGUAAUCAGAAUUUAAGUAUUGAUGCCGUAACUAAGAAAUGUAGGCACUCUGAAAAUGUUGCUUCCUCACUGGCCUCUAACAAGAAUUCAAUGUUCUCACAGAAAAGUAAGGAAUUCCCUCAGAAUUUAAUAAAACCUAUAGAAGAACUUGAGUUAGAAACAAGAUUGGAAUAUAUUGAUGAACAAGUUGUGUGUCCUUACCAAAAGCCAAGUAAAACAAUAGAUUCUCCCAACAAACUUUUUAUACAAGAGGCAAAAGACUCAUGGAACACUUAUGAAAAUCAUUCUGAAAACCAUUUUGAAUAUCAGGCAAAUGUAACAAGAUCCUUUUCUGAACAUGAAGGGGAUUGUAAUUUGAAAUCCAUUUGCUGUGCACCCAUUAUAUUGAGGGAUGUAGUUCAAAUGCCAAAGACUACAGUAGCCAGUACUUUGGAUGAUAAGAGAAUUGACAAGAUGGUUUCCCACUUAGAAACGAAGGCCAACUUGGAGUCACAUGAUAAAAGCCAACAUAACAACUUUUUAAGUUCACACUCACGUUUUGUGCUUGUUGAGAAAAUACCUAAUUUGGUGAACUUAGUCACUUCCAGCAUUUGUGCUGCCGACAUUUCGAAAACUGAAGAAUGUAGUAGAACCUGUCAUGCCAGCAUUUCAAAUUGUGAAAGUACAGACUCAAUGUGGCCACCAUCACUUGACACUGAUAGUGAUAACAGCCAUAAUCAAAAGAAGAGGAUGUUUUCAGAAAACAAAGAAAGUGUUAAGCGCAUGAAAACUUCAGAGCAAAUUAAUGAAAAUGUUUGUGUAGCUCUGGAAGGGCAAACAGCAUUGCUGGAACAGGUCAAACAUUUGAUUCGACAGGAGAUCUGUAGUAUAAGUUACAGACUAUUUGAUAACAAACUGAAAGAAUUGAACGAACGCAUUGGGAAGACACAGUGCAGGAAUAAACAUGAAGCAAUAGCUGAUGAACUCUUCGCAAGAAUAGCAAAACUUCAAAGACGUAUUAAAAAAAUAUUAUUAUAUCAAAGGGAUUCUUUGGAACCAAAUGUGUUGUCCAGUAAUACAGCCUGUAAGGUCCCAAAUUCAGAGACCAUGAAUUUGGAUGAGAAUCAAGAGUCAGUUAAUAGUCCAGUUGAAAGGAUGACUUCUGUGAACUGUGAACCUUCUAAUCCUUCAGAAAAAGCAAGUGGAAAAAUCAGUUUGUCACUGGAUAGUAAUGAGUCUGUUUCUGAAAGUAACAAUGAUGAUGUUAUGUUGAUUUCUGUGGAAAGUCCUCGUUUGACAACUCCAGUUACAUCAGAUCCAACAGAUAUUAGAAAAAUUACAUCAGGAAAGUCCAACGAUUCACCUAAUCCUAAAACUGAAGUUGUGAAGAAGAAACUUAACUCUGUAAUUGAUUUGACAAAAGAGGGCCUAUCCAACUGCAACACAGAAAGUCCAGUGUCCACCCUGGAGUCACCUUCGAAAGCUGUUUCAAACUCAAAAGAAACAAUCCCGGUGGCACAAAAUGCAUUCCAGGUUCUUGAGUCCUUUGAGCACCUGCCACCUCUCCCAGAACCACCAACACUACCACCUGAACUGGUAGACAAAGUCCGAGACACGCUUCCUCCCCAGAAGCCUGAGCUCAAAGUGAAACGGGUGCUGAGACCAAAAGGCAUUGCCCUGACUUGGAACAUCACCAAAAUCAAUCCCAAGUGUGCUCCUGUGGAAAGCUACCAUCUCUUCCUGUGCCAUGAGAACCCUAAUAAUAAGUUGAUUUGGAAGAAAAUUGGAGAAAUUAAAGCUUUACCGCUCCCAAUGGCCUGUACUUUAUCACAAUUUUUAGCUUCCAAUAAAUAUUAUUUCACUAUCCAAUCGAAAGACAUUUUUGGGCGAUAUGGGCCAUUUUGUGAUAUAAAAUCUAUCCCCGGGUUUUCUGAAAAUCUUACCUAA